AUCCAGAAAUUGACUCACGACAUCAAGAUAAUUAUAACUUGUAUUUACACGAGUUCUAUACAAUGUGCCAUCCAUCUUUCCGGUGCUGAUAGAAGUUAGACAUUAGUUUAUACUCCAUAUACAAUGAUAUAAUUAAAAGUCUUGAACUUGCAAUGGCAGACAUGGGAUCCGAGUAAUUACAGUACUUUAAUGAACAAUUACACUUUCUAAUUAUUUCAGGCAUUGGAAAUAUCCACGAGACAGUGCUGCGUAACGGCAAUGGAGGUACUGCAUACAGGAUAUUCUCAAGACAAUCUUUCUCAUUGUCUUCGGAGCGGGACACAUUUCUCGUGAGGGUUUACUUCUUGUUUGAAGCUGUUUUGGUUCUGUACAUUCAUUUUCUGCAGGUAUGCAGAUCUGAUGUUAUGAGGCAUUACAAUUUCCUGCUGGAUUCCUGCAAUUUUUCCGAGAGGCUUCGUAUUCUACUUCAUGAACUCUAACAUUUCCAAUGCUGUUAAGAUUCGAAAAUGCUUCACCUAAGGGAGAUUGGAAUCUGUCUGUCGAUCUGUAUCUCAACUGGGGGGACCUGACUAAUUGAUUGUCGGCACAAAGAAGUUGAGCUUGUUGAAUUCUCCGCGCAGAAGAUUCUAGAAUUUCAUCAAUCAUAGUGAAAAAACAUGUACUGCACUGACCUGUUAAUAGGAAAAUAAACAUAAAGAAAGCAAGACCAUGUCAUCAGAAAAACCUCAAUAUGAUGUUCCAAACAUUCCAGAAUCUUCCACUUGCAGAAACCAAUUGGUGGAGCAUCAACAUCAAAUGCACAGCAGAUUUUGUUCUUUCAACUAACAGUAUGAAGCUAGGGCCGAUUCAUUGAUGGGCAACAUCAUCUAUAAUCGAUCAUAGUAUACUUUCCCAUGAUCUCAACUUUGGUUCUGAACUACGAUCGCUAGACAUAGUGGCAAAUUACGAGCAUUCUAACCGUGAAUAAACUUGUAAUAGUAACCCUAUCGUGGAAAGGGGGAGGCUUCCCAUAGAAGGGUGGACCCAAGAAGAGAGAGAUGCUUCAAGUCAAGGCUUAACAUACUAUGAGAAGAGCCACUGAUAACUGCUAACUCUUAACUGGUCCAUUUUCACCUAUUCUCUUCACUCUGCUCAUCACAGAUCAAGCUCAAAUGGAGGAGGAGAUAGUUGGAUUAAGGUUCCGUCCGACCGGUUAUGAGGUCGUGAAUCAUCACUUGAAGAGGAAGCUUCAGAAGAUCAACGAGAGUCGUUGCGUGAUACCGGAUGUGAAUAUCUAUGACUACAAUCCACAGGAUUUAUGUGCCGUCUACAAUGAGAGAUCGUGCAAGAGAUCCACCAGCUCGGACAGUUUUUUCUUCUGUCCUCGCAACAGAUUGAAUCCGAACUCGCACCGUAAUAAGAGGCAAGCCAGAGGUGGGUACUGGAAAGAGACUGGUAAGAAGAAGGACAUUGAGGAAGAGGAAACCGGAAGGACGAUCGGGACCAAGAGAAUCUUGGUCUUUCACUGCGGUAAAAGGACUGCUAUCGCACUUUGUCACAUAAAAAAGAAGGCACGAAACAGGAAGGGUAACUCGAAGAAGCAACAAAUCAAGAAGGGCAACUCCAAGAAGCGGCAGAGCAAGAAGGCCGGUACAUGUACUCCUUCCUAUGAGACUAAUUCGAUAAGCCCUUCAAUUGAAGCCCAAGAAACAAAUUUUCAGCAAUUCUCACUGCUUAUGGAGGAACUGAACAUCCCGACUCAGCCAGAGAAGGGUUCUCUAGAGCCAUUGCUGAUGGCAGAGCAAUCAGUGACUGUUAACCAUGGUUUUGAUGACGAACACGGAUACACGUGUAACUUGACUUAUGAGCAACGUAAUUCCAUUAUGCAAAUGGAGAACUUUGGAAGCAAAGAAGCUAGUCCGGAGUCGAGUUCCCUUGGACAACCUGCUGUGGAAUCACCAAUCCCUCAGACAAAAUCGCCGAUUUUUGAAGGGCCAGAAUAUACAGCAGGGGGGACGUGCUAUAAAGAAAGCUACACUCUAUUUAGCAAUGACUAUGAAGAUGGUAUAAGUAUCUCGGACUUGGAUUUCUGGAGAGAUGACGAGUUGGUUCAGAAACAGAUUCAUGACGUGCUUUACUAAGGGUACCCCGAGGAGCUGAUGCUCAAGAAAGUGUGAUUAGAGUUAUCUAUGUGAUUUGGAGAUCUGUUUGUUUUAUCGCAUUAUCUGUUGUCUUGUCUAAUUUUAGUGUUAUGAUGUGUGAUGUUAUGAACUUUUUUUCGAUAAUAAGGUGACGUUUUGUCCCACUAUAUUAAACUCUUUCUCAAUAUAAUGAACUUCUGCUGUGGACUUAA